AUGGCGGCACGCCAGAAUGUGCCAGAACUUCGCGGAUACGAGUACGAGUUUACAGGCGAAGUUCCUGAUGACUGUGAAUGUCUUGUGUGUCAGUUACCGAUGAAGGAUCCAGUGCAGAUUGUACAAUGUGGGCACAGACUUUGUAACAUCUGUAUGGAAUCACUGUUUAGGUAAUGGCCGAAUAACAUUUUAGGAUAGCAUGUUCUUGAUAUGCGACAAUUAUGAGUAGAAAAUUUGAUCAAAUGUGACUGAAAGACUAGUAAAUUGACGUACACUUAAAUUAUCUCAUAUUCAAUACAUAAAUUUUACUUUGACGGAGAUAUCCGUGUGAGUGAGAAUGAGUAAUAUUUCAAUUGAAUUGAAGUAUUUUGGUGUGAAAAAGGUUAUUAUUACGUUCUGUUCUUGCGCAUAUUUUUCAUCAUUUCGCAUUUGCUACCUUUUGCUAUUAGACUCACAUGUACAAUGUCCAAUGUGAAACUUAAACACUAAUGUUAUAAACUCAGAGCGUUUCGCUAAUUCUUUUGAGUUUUUCUUACCAGUCGGCCUUCGCCAUUGUGUCCAGCGGACAGGCAGUCAUUGUCACGCGAUAAGGUUUGUAAACAAGUACCAAAUCUUUGUGAAUUGUCUCAUCGAAAUUCGUAAUCAUGUAGCUGAUCCAGAGCUGGAUGUAACAGAAUUCCAUCUGUAUUAUGAAGAUCGUGGCCUGCCCCCAGAAAGAUUAAUUACAGAAGGUUAAUUCAAAUCAUUAUUUACUCUGCCAGAUAUUUCGUGAUACUGCUUGUCAUCGCAAAAUCCUGAAUCUGGCCGUGAAGUGUUCUCAUUUUGGAUGUCCAUGGACAGGAGAACUACGUGCAGUUGAGGUAAAUCCGGGCGGCAAACUGAACGCACUUGAGCUAUGUGCGAGUGCCCUCAAUUAAAAAAAAAAUUGAUCAUUUUUAAUUCUUAUCUUUCUUUAUUUCUUCCCAAACGAUCGGCUCAGUCAAGCAAAAUCAAUCGAAGGAUAUCUCUUCGAAUUUUUUUCACUUUUUUUUGGAUAGCCCUCCACUUCUCAGGUACAUGUUCCCUAUAGUUUGACGGGGUAAUUCUAAAAUAUAGGUUAUGGAAUUUGCCUUUUGUUAUAGUAAAACAGGAAUUUAAAUUAAUUGGAACUGAGAAACAUUUCAUAUAUAGUUGCUAAAAUUUGUAAAGUGGCGCCAUUUUGCACUAUUAUCGUAACUCCGUCAGGUUCGAUGGUCAAGUUACCAGUGAAGGUUAUUUUGCGAAAAAGGAUGUUUAAUUUCCUCCCAAGAAGUUUUCUCAUCAAAGGCCGCCAACAGACUUUAUUGCUUAAAAUGAGAGAUAGGGAUUGCUGGCAAUGUAAACUUUAUAUUUCGACUAUUUUUGUUAACAAGCUUUUCAUAGUUACUUCCUCUUGCAGAGAAUCUAGUAACACAAUUGUUGUUCAAAUUGGCUCGUGUUGAAACCUUAACUAAGGGCAUAUUUACCUGUUUGACAUUUGGGUGGUUUUUGUUUGUUAAUAUUUUCUUUUAAGAAAACUUACAUUAUUUCCUUUGAUUACUUCGUUAUUACUGAAACUCUGAUUGCUUUUCUGCUGAUAUAUGGGUUCAAUUAACCCACAGAAACAUCAAUCAGAAUGCCUGUUACGAGUUGUGCAGUGUCCAAACUCAGGAUGUACAGAGAAACUUACCAAGCAAGACAUGAAGGCACAUGUGACAUCUAACUGUUCUUGGAGGAAAAUAAAUUGUGAAAAUUGUCAAGAAUCUUUGGUCUUAAAUGAAAGAAAGGUAUAGGCAUGUACAAUAAUUUAAAUUAAAGGGAAUUUACCCCCAUGAAUUUUUUUUGUUGUUUCUUUACAAAUUUUACUCGGAAUCAUUUCUAUUAACUUUAAAAAAGUAAUAUUUUUUCGAACCUGUGCUGAGUAAAUAGCUUGCCGCUGUGAGAAAUGUAAAGUUAGGUCAACCAUUCUGUCUGCUGUUUUUCAGAAACAUUUAGAUGUUUGCCAAAAGUUUCUUGUUUCGUGUACCAACGAGUGUGGCUUGGGAAAUAUUCCACGAGAUAAGGUUUGUUUUAACACAGAUCACGUAUCAAGUCUUAGUUAAGGAAACUUUUACUUGAAACUCACGAAACUUGGAUUUCGCGCGAUCGGCAAGUAACUUCUGUGAGAUUACGUCAUCUCUGACACAACUUAGUGAGCGACAAAGUAAGUCGCUGCGACAGUAAUUAUAAGGUACAUGUGAAUUGAAGAAUCUACUUAAAAAAAAUUGCGAGUUAUUCUCCUUCUUUAAUAGAUGUCAGCUCCCUGUUUAUGCGAGAUUAAAGUGAAGAUAGCUAGUUAUCCAUAGCUUUAUAUGACAUCCAAAUCGGUGUUGUUAUUAAAGCUACAUCAAAUUGAUUUUUUUUCUCGGUUUUUAUAGCUAGCAUGGCAUAUUGACAAGGAAUGUCCUGCAAAAGUGGUUCCCUGCGAAUUCAAGAAACUGGGAUGCGAAGCAGAGGUAUAGGCCUGCUUAAAAGCAGUAAAUUUUUAAAGAAGCCUUCAAGAUGCUCUAAGAUCCGUUCCUUACCGAAAAAAAAUUAUUAUCUCUCGAAAUUAUUAGGAAGUCAGUAUGGGGAAACCCACGGGGUAAGGAAAUUAACCAACAAUUUUGCUGUGUAAUAUGGGGAAUAAAAAAUUAUUAGGGGCAGAGUUUUUGUACGGAUAUGAACGGGAAAUUUCAUUGGUUUUUGGUGGAGAUUUUAGGAUGAUCCUGUAACUACCAAAGACGGCGAUUUGCGUAACGAGUUGCGCAAAACUAGUAAAUGAUGGAUAAUUUAUUAAAAAACACAUGUCCAUAAACUAAAAAACAAAAAUGCUUCACUACCGAUCCCAAAGAAACGCAUGAAUCAGUUUUGCAAUUGAUGUCAUGCCAGCUCUCCAUAAAUUUAAAGUUACAAUUUUCCCCUGUUUUUCUGCGUUGUUUUAGCCGGUGUCCUCGUCAUUUUAUUCUGGAUAUUUCUUCUUUUACACAGUUCCCAAGAUCAAACACUUGA